AUGACGGAGCGUUCACCGGCGCUUGUACCCGCAGUGUCCCUCUUGCGGGAGGAGUUGCAGCUCCUAAACGGUGUUGUUGAGGGCCAGGCGAGAAGCCGUGUGUAUCGGCACCAUAUUUUCUUCCGCAAGGCCAGUUUUUUGCGCUCAGCUUUGAGGAAUGCGCUACCGCAAUUUGCGCGACGUGCUGCAGAUCCCACUGACUUAAGGACUGUGGCAGGUCGGUUACUUACGUUGACUAUUAGGUGUGCGGAGAGUGCGACACUCGAAUUAAGUGCAUCUCAUAUUGACACAGUUUCUGUUGCUCUCCUACUUUUGGCAAUUACAUCACGAAUUGGGUGCGUACUUUGUGUUGUUUUGGGUCGGAAACCAGAAACUUUUGGAAAACUGCAUUUUAUCGGCUCAAAGUUUGGUGUGAAGUAUAAAAGGUCUCGUUCAGAAGCGGAGUUGGCUGAAGAAACAAUUGGAGUUGCCACUCCUAUUAGGCGGCGCACGAUUGGUGGGGUUAUUGAAGCAGUCAUAAAGUGA